ACCCUCUACCUUUGCAAGUGGCCGUCGUACCUUAGCGCGGGGUAAUCGUGCCACGGCAGGAAGUAAAGGAAGCAACAGCAGUCCGAAUUCAGAGUUUUCUGUAUGCCGAGUGCCAGUCGUAGCCUGUUGUUUUGUUAUGUAUUUGUGUGGCCCGCGAGUGGAGCCCACAACGACUAGCCAUGUGUGAAGGCCAGAAGGGCCCCAAAGAAGAGGAAACACCUAUCAAGCUUCUGCCAGUGUGAACGAGUGUGGAAAUUGAACCAAACCAAAACAUAAUAAACCACCGGGACGACGACGGUCUAGAAAUGAACGCUGAUCACUAGGGAGUGUUAUUUCACUCAGCCUUAGACAGUUUGUGAAAAUUUGGUUAACCGUGAAACUGCGGCUAAAUAACUGGAUGGAAAGGAAAAUUCUACGAAAGGGUGCAAAUUGCUGCGCUCACUUUGAGAGGCAAACUAUGGUUAUCGGGGAAACGCAAGAGAUAACCGUUAAGCACUUGGCAGAAGACUGGAAUUCCAACCCCAUUUGAACGGGGAGCCACCAGCACGCAUAAGCCGAUUAGAGUAAGUGGGCGUCGGUGCGGCUCAGUGAGCAGAUUUGAAGGGCUGGACGGGCAACCAUCUCAGCGAGAAGACAGCAACUCAUCAUCCGACGAGCUAAUAUUAUGACAGCAACGAGAAGAAGGUAUCCUCGUGGCAGCAUCAGCGAAAGGAGAACAUCCUCAGUCAGGAGAUACCGAUGGUAUUAGUGUGCGCAAGUUUCAAGUGACAAAGUUGAAGAAGGAAUCCUUCAGGCCGGCUACGGAAUCUGCCAGGAGGGGGUUUGUGUUUGUGUGUCAGUGUGCUUGGUUUGGGGGGGGAAAACUUCAAGGCGGUCGUUUUCAGCAACCACCCCACCAAGGACAGGCAGUUCCGGGGGGUGAGCUGAUUGCAAGUCGUACGGCGCUCGGCUCGGGGCCAUCGCGCGCGCUGAAACAUGGAAUUGAAAGUAUGGGUCGAAGGAAUACAGCGCAUUGUUUGCGGAGUGACGGAAGUCACCACUUGUCAGGACGUGGUAUUUGCCCUGGCGCAUGCCACCGGAAAAACCGGAAGAUUCACCCUCAUCGAGCGAUGGCGAAACAACGAAAGGCUGCUGGCACCCCACGAGAACCCGCUGAAAAUUCUCAUGAAGUGGGGCGAAUACUCCAGUGAUGUGCAGUUCAUACUGCAACGAUCCGAGCAGAAAAAGCCCGAUCAAAACCAGCAGAAUAAUAAUAGUAGUAAUAGCAAUAGUAAUACUAAUAGCAACAGUCCCGCUCAGAACCAGCAGAAUACUCAUCAACAGCAGCAACAACAACCUCAUCAACAGCAACCACAUCCCCAGUCUCAGCAGCAGAUCCUGAGGCAGCAGCAAAAGUUGAAUCAGUUGAAUAAUAACCACCUCUUGGGGGGCACCGGGUUGGACGACCCCAAGAGCAAGUUGGUUCAGAACAACCUGAAGAAUAGUGCCGGCAGUCCAGGAAAUGACCCCUACGGGAAACAGUUUAGCCAGCAUCAGCAACAUCAGCAACACCAUCUUCACCAGCAAUCGGAAUUGAUCAGUAAUUGUGUGCCGCCGUCUUCGCUGGAGCGUGGAAAGGAAACGAGGAAGAGCCUCAACUCAGGAACGUCUCCUGGGCUAAAGAACUCCGCCAACAAUAACAACACCAUCAUCAAAAGCUUCAGCAAUAGCAAUAUUCACCAAAAUAACAUCAACAACAACACCAUCACCCCCGCUAACAUCAAGGUCGAGAACAUCGGCAUAGUAAAGGGAAUCCCUCAGCAGAAGUCACCCCACAACAGUACCAGCUCGAGUGGAAGCAACAGCAGCAGUAGCAGCACCGGAAGCAGUAGUACAGGAGGGGGCAUAAGUGCACUCAGUAUUAGCAGCAAUCAGCACCAGAACAAUGUUGAAGCAACGUAUGCCAGUGUAAUCAAGAAACCGAAAAGCCACCGGGAUGUCCAGGGUCCAGGGAGUAACGCCAUUGUAGGUGAAUUCAAUGCAGCCGAUUUACGAAAUUCGUUGGAUCGAAAGCUAAAUGGGUUAUUGUACAGCAACGGAAUCAACACCGGAGGUCACCACCAUCAGACUCAUCAUCCGCACCAAAGCGGAGGAACUGCGAUUGUUGGAGCCACCUUGAAAGACACCACUUCUCGAUUCGGUGGUCUUCCCAGUAGCGCAGGGGGAGGGGCUCAUCACUUGAGCAGUAACGAUAGCUUACUACUGGACAGCAGUAGUAUUAGCAGUGUUAGCAGCAAUAGUAAUCACAAUCUCCUCAUCGGAAAUGGGGUGGGCGGCAGCAGCAGCAACAACAAUUCUCCUAUCACAGGAAUCUCAUCAAAUGGUGCUUUGGUUCCACCGCCAUACCGGGACCCUCCGCCGCCAAGAAAUUCCCCACUGUCCCACAAGCUAGAAAGCAGCAGCUUGAACGGCAGCAAUCCGAAUGCCAGCUUCAGUAGCAACGGCAGCGGUAAUAGCCAAACCCUCAACAAUCUCAAUAUCAACAGGAAACUCGAGAAGGAUAGUAUCAACAUGAAUCUGGCACUGAACGCUGCGGUGGCGGCAGCAGCUGCCACUACCGGCCACAUGGCUCCUGGGGGUAAUGGUGGCAGCAUCGGAAGUGGGAGCAUCAGCAGCAGCGCCAGCAAUGCCAACGAGUUGCUUCUGAACGAGCUGAAUCUGAACGAUGGGCCGCUGCAGAACACGACGCAGUACCGAGAUCUAAUACAGCUUAUCAAGUACCAGCGGGAGAAAAUCAAUACCCAGCAAGCGGAUCUGUCGAAGUACGACUCGGAGAUCCAAUACCUGGAGAGCAAGGGUCGCGAGCAACAGGACAAGCUCGACGCGCUCACCCAAGAGAUCAACAAGACGGAUCAAAUCUAUCGGCAGGGCAGCGAACAGCUGCAAACGCUUCAGUACGUCGAGGAAGAGGGCGAGCUCGUGCGACAGCAGGAGAAGACCCUCAAGUCUGAAAUCACCCUGCUGCGCUCGAAGCUGGCCAACUGCGAGACGGAACUGCUGCAGUGCAAGAACAAGAUUCGCCUGCUGAUGGACGAGAUCCAGGUUGAGCAGCGCAAGUAUUGCCGACAGUAUGACACUAAUCGUGCACAGUUAGAACGUCAUCUAAUGUCUGAAGUUGACAGGAUUCAACUGGAGAUCGACCUGGCCAUCCAGAGUACGGACCACGCGAGCAAGGCAACCGAUAAGCUCAAGAGCGAGGUGGCUGGCAUCGAGAGCAACAUCGCGGAGAAGAAGAAACAGGUGGAGCAGCUGGUCCACGAGAUGAAGGAAGUUAACCUGCAGAGCCUGGCGGUGGCUCCGGCCGACGAGGUGCGGCAUCUGCUGGAAGUUGGCUCAGUGAAGCCCGGCAGCACUCGAAGGAUGAUCGGAUCGCCGAGGCAGCUGGAGAAUGCUGUGCCUACCAGUAAGAACCCUCACGGAGUCUGGGUCUAACGAGGCCUCGAACGGCGUAUAACAUACACUACUACUGCUUAUACUGCGAAACCUGCUGGUACGAGUCAGUCAGUGGCAUGCAAUAAGUUAAUCAACCAAUUGUGAUAUUGUUGUAUAAGAGAAUACAAAAGUGCAAGCUGUAAGGAAGAAUUUCAAAAGGGAAUUGCUAUCAACGGGCUUUAAAGCUUUUUGGAAGAUGUUAGAUAUUACACAUACAUAAAUGCAAACACACACUCACUCACUCACAUACGAACCUUCAUCAAAAAAGGCCUCAUUUUCUACUUAAACAGAAAGCGAUUUAUUUUUAUACAUGCGUAGGCACUACUUUUAGAGACUGUUACAUACACCAUCAAUGAUCAACUA